GCAGGGCUGGUCCUCUCACAUUUCCAGGCAAACCUUCGCUUUCGGGAACUUCCAUUCCAAACCGAGUAACAAGAAUCAAGGAAGAAACCUUGGAAUGUUCAAGGAAGCUCAUGAUUUAAUCAUCAUGUUCCUGCUUUCCGGGAUUAAUCCCGUCUCUUCUCUCCGAAAAAUCUCUCAAUUCCCUUCGUCAAAGAUGAUCGGGAGGGCCUUCCUAGUUCUUCUUUGGUUGGACGUUCAGCUACAAUCUCUGCUCGGAGUUGCUGGUAACCUUGAAAGUGAUGCAUUGAUUGAGUUCAAGAACGUGUUAUAUAGCCCAAAUGAUGUUCUGCAGAGUUGGGAUUCUAGCCUUGCCGAUCCUUGCACAUGGUUUCAUGUGACCUGCAACAAUGAAAACAGCGUGACACGGGUUGAUCUCGGGAAUGCAAAUUUAACGGGUCAAUUGGUUGCUGCACUUGGGAAGCUCCCGAAUCUGCAGUAUUUGGAACUCUAUGGUAACAGGUUAAGUGGCACAAUACCAGAUGAGUUUGGGAACUUGACAAAGUUGGUGACACUGGAUCUUUACUCGAACAACUUAAUCGGUCCCAUACCAAACUCCUUUGGGAAUCUACAAUUGCUCGGAUACCUGCGUCUGAACAAUAACAGCUUGAGCGGUUCCAUCCCCAGGUCUCUAACCAGCGUAAACGCAUUACAAGUGCUUGAUCUUUCGCACAACAACCUCGAGGGAAUCGUUCCAAUCGAUGGCUCUUUCUCGAAAUUCACUAAUCUCAGUUUUCAAGGUAAUAAGCAGCUCAGUUAUGCUCCGAGCCCUCCACCCCCUCCGCCGGCUGCCACAUCUUCUCCUCCAUCAGCUAGAAUAAAUAAAACGAGAAUUAUUGCUGGAGGAGUCGCCGCCGGUGCAGCCCUUCUCUUUGCUGCUCCCACACUUUUGAUUUGCCUCUGGAGAAGAAGCAGCCCGCCUGUUCAUUUCUUCGAUAUACCAGGGGAAGAGGAACCCGAAGUUCAUUUUGGACAGCUCAAAAAGUUCUCAUUGCGUGAGCUGCAAGUUGCAACUGAUAACUUCAGCCCAAAGAACAUUCUGGGAAGAGGCGGGUUUGGGAAGGUUUAUAAGGGACGUUUGGCUGAAGGGUCACUGGUAGCAGUGAAGAGGCUAAAGGAGGAGCAUUCUCAGGGUGGGGAGUUGCAGUUCCAAACAGAGCUCGAAAUGAUCAGCUUGGCUGUUCACCGCAAUCUUCUCAAACUAAUCGGGUUUUGCAUGACUCCAACGGAACGGUUGCUUGUUUAUCCAUAUAUGGCCAAUGGAAGUGUAGCUUCGCGUCUCAGAGCAAUUGAGUGCCGAGAUUCACAGCCUCCACUCGGAUGGCCUACCCGGAAGCACAUAGCACUUGGGGCAGCAAGAGGGCUAGCCUACCUGCACGAACAGUGUAACCCAAAGAUCAUCCACCGCGACGUGAAGGCAGCAAACAUAUUACUGGACGAGGAUUUCGAACCAGUUGUGGGAGAUUUUGGGCUAGCAAAGCUCAUGCACUACAGAGACACUCAUGUAACUACAGCUGUCCGCGGCACGAUCGGUCACAUCGCCCCAGAGUACCUCUCCACGGGAGUUGCGUCCGAUAAGACUGAUGUGUUCGGCUAUGGGAUAAUGUUGCUUGAAAUUCUUACUGGGCAGAGAGCAUUUGAUCUUGCCCGGCUUGCCGAUGAUGAGGAUGUCAUGUUGCUUGACUGGGUAAAAGGACUCCUGAGAGAGAGGAGAUUGGAAGUCCUGAUAGAUUCCGAUAUUCAAGGAAACUACGUCGAAGAAGAGGUGGAGCAACUGAUCCAAGUCGCUCUACUGUGCACGCAAGUUAAUGGAAACGAGAGGCCAAAAAUGUCCAAGGUGGUCGGGAUGCUCGAAGGAGAGGGCUUAGCAGAAAGGUGGGAGGAGUGGCAGAAAGAGGAAAUGCUUCAAGCCUCAAACAGACAGAACCAGCAAAACACUUACCCGUUCCAUCCCAACUCCACUUCCCGCAUUCUUGCAGAUGAAUUGUCCGGUCCCAGAUGAACCCUUCCUUCUGAUGAAAGAGUCCAAUGGUUGAACUAGUGUGCAUAGAAGGUUCUGCAGAUUUUCGAUGAGAUUGUUAGAGACAUUAAACUGUGAACUUUAAGACUCAAAACAGAUCUUCUGAUUGCUUUCAAGUGUAAAAGGAUGCGGUCAUAAUCCUGGACAGUUACUAUAAAUGAGGAAGAUAUCUCGAAUUCUUACCUGAAAA